AUGCUGUACCCACUGACAUUCCCAGAACGACCAGAGACGCCGCCGCAACCGUUUGCGACCAUCCCCUUCUCCCGCGAUGUCGAUUUUGUCGACCGCGGAGACAUUCUCGACCAGAUCGACAAGCGAUGCUCUGAGCCGGCCGGUCGGGUGGCCCUCGUGGGCCUCGGCGGCGUGGGCAAGUCGCAACUGGCCAUCGAAUACGCCCACCGAAUCGCCGCGGGGCAGCCUGAUACAUGGGUGUUCUGGGUCCACGCUGGCACACAGGCGCGCGUCGAAGAGGGCUUUAGGAUGAUCGCCGACGCCAUCAAGCUUGCCGGCCGUAACCAACCCAAAGCCGAUAUCCCACAGCUUGUGUACAGCUGGCUGUCCAAUGAACGGAACGGCAAAUGGAUUGUGGUCCUUGACAGCGCCGACGACCGCGACGUGUUCUAUAACGUAGAUCAUGCCCACGGCGCGACUAACAGCGAUGCGCGCGAUAGGCGGCCGUUUGCGACAUACCUACCACAAAGCCGAAACGGAUCGAUUAUCAUAACCACUCGCAACAAGGACUUGGCUUUCAGGCUGACUGGCCGCCGUCAGAACAUGAUCGAUAUCGGACCGAUGGCGCAGGCGGAUGCACUUACACUCCUGGAGAAAAAGCUGGGAUCGCCGGCAAAUCCAGAUGUGGCGGCCGAUCUCGUGGAGGCGCUCGACCUUGUCCCGCUAGCCAUCAGCCAGGCGGCCGCGUACAUCCAGGCACGGGCGCCGCGGAGCUCGGCUGAGAAAUACCUGGCUGAGUUUCGGGAAAACGAGCGUAGGAGGGCCCGGCUGCUGGGGUACGACGGCGGCGACCUGCGACGGGAUGGAGGCGCGUCCAACGCGAUCCUCACGACAUGGCAGAUAUCCUUUGACCAUAUCCGGUCGAAGCGGCGCACUGCUGCGGACCUCUUGUCGCUUAUGAGCUUCUUCGACCGACAAGGUAUCCCUGGAUGGGUUUUACAACCUCCUAGAACCACUACGGACACGGCACGGGCACGGGAUAUAGACGCGGCG